AUGGGCUGGUUCUGGGCUGAGCCUGCUCCCGCCGCGGCGCAUACACCCAGCGGCCAUCCCCCAGUCAUUGGCAAUACAGCUCCCCCGGCUGGAUGUCCGAUGCAUCAAAAGACUCUCGAUGCGCUGAACCCCAAUGAGAAGCCCCCGAAGCAGGCCCCUGGCCCAUCCGCGUCUGGCUGCCCUGUGCCUCACGAGGCUCGCACAACCCAGGACAAACCCAAAUCUCUGCUGUCGCAGCUGAACCCGCUCAACUACAUGUUCCCCGACCUGUCGCAGGAGCGUGCUCCCAAUCAAGCCAUUGCGCUGCCAACAAGUAGAGAAGAAUCCACGAUACCAAAGGGGUCCGGGGAUGGCACGUGGGAGUAUCCUUCGCCGCAGCAAAUGUACAAUGCUCUCCUGCGCAAGGGAUACGCAGACACCGAUAUCACUGCUGUCGAAUCCAUGGUGUCAGUUCACAACUUUCUCAACGAAGGCGCCUGGGCAGAAAUUGUGGGCUGGGAGCAGCGCUUUGGCAAGGGCUUGUACAACGGAUGGCAGGUUUGCAGGCGAGGAGAGGCGCAUGCACCGGAGGAGAUGGAGCGAAACUGGGAUGUCAAUGAUGCCGAGCCUACUCUCAUCCGUUUUCAGGGUCGUCCCAAGGAUCUGACCCCCAAGGCAACUAUGCUGCAGGUGUUGGGCUGGAUCUACCCGUCAAAGUUUGGCACUGAACCGCCAUUUGACCGCCACGACUGGUACGUCUCCCGAGAUGUCAACGGCGAGAGACAACAAAUCCGAUAUGUCAUCGACUACUACUCCGGUGAACCUGAGCCAACUGGUGAACCUGUCUUCUACCUCGACGUCCGACCUGCCGCCACUCCACGAGGCGCCGCCGAGCGCAUUAUCCGAUGGAGUACAGAUGUCUGGUGGAAGGCUAUCGGGGGCGACAAGCGAGAGCAAGACCCGCAACCCUUCUUCCGACACAACGCUUCGAAGCCUUGGAGUUAG